AUGAGCCCUGACGGUGCCGUUGCAGGAUCGGACCAAAGCACGUCUGGUCGGGGCGUCGGUACGACUGGAGGAGCCAAGGUCAUGAACGCCAAACGCGGGAGGAAGCAAGACGACAGCUUGCAACCGUCUGUGCGUUACGAGUUUCCUGUGGAUGCAGCAUCGUACUGAAUUAUGGCUUCUGACUCUGUGUGGGCCCCUUGACCUUGGCUCGGCUCGUCUCGUUCGCCGUCGACGCAGCGCGCUCGCGACGUGCAACGCGCCUUUCGGGCCCGACGAGCGGAGCAACUGUCGACACUCGAGGACCAGGUCCGGACGUUGCAGCAAGAGAAUACCGAGUUGAAGCGCGAGCUGGCAUACUACAAGGGCGAAACGAACUGCCCCGUCGCCUCGACUUCGACCAGUCAGGACGCCACCGCUGCGGAUGCUUCGACUUCGGCUCGUUCGGCUACGACCGAAUCCGCCGCCACUUUGACGUCCGCGGGCCCCGGGCCGCGCAGGGGGGUCAAGCGAACCAAGAGCAGUAGCAAGGACCUGUCCCCAGCCUCGAUCUUGCACGAGGACAGGUACAAGGAAGGGCCGUCGCGAUCAUCGCUUGCUCCCGGGCAUCUGCCGCUUGAAGAUGAGCAAAGCCGAUCUAUGUCACAGGAUCAGAACCAGGGAUCGCGGGACAAGCCCUGGGGCCUUGGUACUACCACGACCUACGUUUGGCGACCCACGCAGCAAAUCUACACCCCGCGCCCUCCUGCCGCCGCCACCCCGCCGCCACCUCCCUGGUCCCACCCUUCGUACUCGACCCUACCUCCGCAGCAGGAUCCUUCCGAAGCUGUCGGUGACUCUCCCCAGCUGCCCGAGCGACCUGCGAUGUCUCCGCUUCCCUCAAAGCGCAGGAAGCCGUCGUCGACGACGACAACGAUGGAGUCAAACGCCGACUCGCCCAUGUCUCCGACGUAUCCGAUCCACGGCUCUGCUCCCUCCGCGACCACGGGCGCCGCUCCAGCGGAUUCCAAGACCAAUUCGGCCGCGUCGGUCCUCGUCGAGUGGAGCAAGCAGGCCUCGGCACGGUCGUGCUCGACCACAUCGAGCUCGUGCUGCGCCCCUUCGGUGCCGGCCCCUUCGGCCGAUCUUACGGCGCGAGAAUUGUGUGGUCCCUCGGCCGAUGCGGAUUGCUGUCAACCACCUCACGCCGAAGAUUCGACGAUCGAGGUGAAAAAGGCGGGGUCUCAGAACGAGCACGAGGGCGAAAACGGGAGCCGCCACUAUUUGCUCUCAGUCUGUGGCGGACUGGAGGGGAAUGCGAGCACAAACGCGAAUGCGAAGGGACUUGGGACGGCGAAAAUCAAGAAUAUCGCGUACGACCCGAACCUGUGUUGCGGUGGGCUGAUCGAUUGCAGUGGGCCGUUGUUUGAGAACAGUAGCCUUCCGGCGGAGCAGGCGCUCGCUUUGGCCGAGGCGAGCCGGGCCGUCGAGUCUGGCGCAGUGGCAUGA